UGGAAGGCUUCUGCAGAGAGCACCCCCAGUGAAAGAGCUUGGCGACCUCAGCUGUAUAGGAAAUGCACAGACACGGCCUGGCUAUUCCUGUUCUUUCUCUUUUGGACUGGUUUGAUGUUCCUAAUGGGCUACUCGGCAGUGGCUGGCUCUGCAGGACGACUCCUCUUCGGCUAUGACAGCUUUGGCAAUGUGUGUGGCAGGAAGAACGCGCCGGUACAGGGCGCCCCUCUCUCGGGACAAGACAUGACCCUGAAAAAGCAUGUGUUCUUUCUGAAUGCCUGCAAUCUGGAUACCAACAAUGUUCAGCUUGGCUCCAUCGUCCUCUGUGUCACCAGCUGUCCUGAGGAGCAGCUUGACACACUGGAAGAGAUCCAGCUCUUUGCAAACAGCACUGGGUCCUUCCUGUGUGUUUAUAAUUUGGAUUCCUUCAACUAUACCCAGAAUCCAGAGGUCGACUCUUUGUGUCCCAGACUACCAGUUCCUCCAAGCAAGUCUUUCCCCUUGUUUAACCGCUGCAUCCCUCAAACACCUGAGUGCUAUUCUUCGUUUGCAUCUGUCCUGAUAAAUGACCUUGAUACUCUCCACCGAAUUCUAAGUGGAAUCAUGUCAGGAAGAGACACAAUCCUUGGUCUCUGUCUCCUUGCAUUAGCCUUGUCAUUGGCCAUGAUGAUUACCUUCCGAUUCCUCACCACCCUUCUGGUUCACAUUUUCAUCGCAUUGAUUGUUUUUGGGUUAUUGUUUGUCUGCAGUAUCCUCUGGUGGCUCUAUUACGACUACACCAAUGACCUCAGCAUCGAGCUGGACACUGAAAGGGAAAAUAUGAAGUGUUUGCUGGGCUUUGCUCUCAUAUCUACAGCCAUCACGGCAGUGCUCCUCGUCUUGAUCUUUGUCCUCAGGAAGAGAAUUAAACUGGCAGUUGAACUUUUCCAAGUCACAAAUAAAGCCAUCAGCAGCUUGCCUCUCCUCCUCUUCCAGCCACUGUGGACAUUUGCCCUCCUCAUUUUCUUCUGGGUCCUCUGGCUGACUGUUUUGCUCUGCUUGGGCACUGCAGGAGCUGCCCAGGUUAUCGAAGGCGGUCAAGUGGAUUAUCAGCCUCUCUCAGGCAUCCGCUAUAUGUGGUGGUACCACCUGCUCGGUCUCAUCUGGACCAGUGAGUUCAUCCUGGCGGGCCAGCAAUUCACUGUCGCUGGGGCAGUGGCCACUUGUUACUUCAACAGGAAUAAAAAUGACCCUCCCAAUCACCCAAUCCUUUCCUCUCUCUCCAUUCUCUGCUGCUACCAUCAAGGAACCUUAGUAAAAGGGUCCUUUUUAAUCACUGUGGUGAGGAUUCCAAGGAUCAUUCUCCUGCACAUUUACAACAUUCUGAAGAGGAAGCACAGUGCGCUGUCAAAAUACAUGUUCAGAUGCUGCUUCUGCUGUUCCUGGUGUCUUGACAAAUGUCUGUGCCAUCUCAACCAGAAUGCCUACACUGCAACUGCUAUUAAUGGGACAGAUUUUUGUACAUCAGCAAAAGAUGCACUCAAACUCUUAUCCAAGAAUUCAAGUCAUUUUGCAUCAGUUAGCUGUUUUGGAGACUUUGUUAUUUUCCUAGGAAAGGUGUUGGUGGUGUGCUUCACUGUGUUUGGAGGCCUGAUGGCGUUCAACUACCACCGCGCACUGCAGCUGUGGGCCAUCCCUCUGCUACUGGUUGCCUUUUUUGCCUAUUUAGUAGCCCACAGUUUCUUGUCUGUGUUUGAAACUGUGCUGAAUGUUCUUUUCCUGUGUUUUGCUGUUGACCUGGAAACAAAUGAUGGAUCCUCAGAAAAGCCCUACUUUAUGGACCAAGAGUUUUUGAGUUUCAUAAAAAGGAUCCAGAAAUUAAAUGACGUAAAGGCACAGUGUGACAAAGACUUGGGAAGGAAGGAUGAAGGAAUGGAGCUCCAGCCCAUAGUGAGAUAG